CAAUUUUGAGAUGCAGCCGCGCCCUUCAUUAUUAAGUGUGACCUCAACAAAGCUACCAGAUCUGGACCUAAGCUAAGAGCUGACUGAUCUCGCUAGUAUAGAGUAGAUCUAAGCAUGGCCACUGAAGACAAACGCAAUUCCACCUCAGAAAAAGCAGACAAUGAAGCUGAGGAGGAGAUGGUCACUCCUGUGGACUGCUGUACAAGCAAGAAUGCCUGCAAGAACUGCUGCUGUAGCUUCAACAACUACUGGAAAUUUCUAGGUGGUGCCGCCAUUGUGUGGAUCUACCUCCUUCUGGGUGGCCUCUGUUUCAAUGCUCUGGAGGGUCCCUUUGAGCAGGCAGGACUGGCUAGAAUGGAGACUGAGCAAAUAGAAUCUGCUGCUGCAUUAGCCCAAGAACUGAACACCUUCACACAAUUCAUUGUGAAUUCGACCAACCUUUCGGAAGCAGAAGCUUUGAGCCUUACAAACACUCUGGUUGCCGUGUCCCAAAGGGUUGCCAAUGCCGGUGUUAAUACGUCACUGCCCGAUCCAGUGUGGGACUUUGCAUCUGCUGUGUUUUUUGCAAGCACUGUUGUGACCACUAUUGGUUAUGGUACGAUAUUCCCUGUGACUGAUGGUGGAAAGAUCCUAUUCAUCUUCUAUGCCGUUGUCGGCAUUCCCCUAGCCCUCAUCUUCCUCAGCACUAUUGGCUCCAUAUUGUCCGCCUGGUUGGACGCAUCCCUCGCUCCUCUGGGCAGAAAGAAGGGCCCUCUUGUCGUGAAAGUUGUCGGCGCAAUAAUAAGCUUGCUGAUCACACUUAUCUUUUUCAUUAUCAUUCCUGCAGCCAUUUUUGUAGCCGUUGAAGGGUCGGACGAGUGGUCAUACUUAAACAGUGUGUACUACUGUUUUGUUACUUUGACAACUGUCGGAUUUGGUGAUUUCUUACCUGGGACGGACGGUUCGAGAAUUUCAGACAAUGUAGCUUUGAUUGGCCUGUACAGAAUAAUCACCGCAGUUUGGGUUUGGAUUGGACUAGCCCUCUUAGCUACUCUUAUCUCUGAACUUCAAGGCUUGUUCGAAGGUAUUAGUAAAGCUAUCCACAAGUACAACGUUCGUAGGAGAAAGAAGAGACGUUUCUCAGUGGCUAGUGAUGGUAACCAUGAGCUAACACAUGUCGGAUCACCACCUAAGUCUCGGGAGAACAGUACAGCACCACCUCAGUCUCCGGACAAUAGUACAGCUGUUGACCCACCUCAAGAUCCAUAGUGUAGACACUCUUUUAAUGACAUUGAGUACUGUUAGUUUGCUAGUGUAUUAAAAAUACAAUGGUUAUCGUGUGCUUUUGUGAAUUAUUUAUAUUGCUCAGACAAUA